UUUUUCCAUUUUUUCUUCAAUUACAGUUGAAUUGGGCUGAGCAUUAAUCGUUCACGCGUCAGCUAAAAAAAGAACGAACAGCACAACAACAAGGCGAGUGAGUGCAUCAGCUCGGCAACAGUAAAUAGCCAGCAUUAAAAAAGUAAAGUAGUAGCAGCAAUAUCAGCGGCUGCCAAGUACAAAAUAAUCGAAAGUAAAGUCAAAUCAGCAAAGGGGACACUGUGUGCCAGUCACCGGUCAGCAGUCAUCACCACGACCAACAACAACAACAGCAGCAAAACACUUGCUAUUUUUUAUUGCUCUUAAAUAAUAUUUCUCUGCAAUUUGCAAUUGCAACUGAGUGCGCGCACAUAACAACAACAACAACAACAACAAUAGUAACGGAAAUAACAAGCAUAGCUAGCUAGCUUCAACUGGACAAUCAGUUCAUAAAGUAGCACUUGAACUGAAUCUUCAAAAAGAAGAAAAAUAAACAUAAAAAAUAAAUUCCACAAUUGUUAUUUAUUUGUCUGCAGCGCUAAGAAGAGCAACAAGCAGUAGUCAGUUAGUGUGUUGCUAUUAGAGGGACUCACACUCACACACAAAUUUUCGUUGUGAAUUGAAUUUGUUGUUCGACAAAAUUAAAUUGAAAGCCAAUAGUUAUUUGCAAAUUUUCUUCAGUGUUCUUGUGUAUCAACGAAUUGUGUUAAAUUGAAAAUUGUUCUUCGCUUCCCGACACUGUAAAUUUUUUUGAACGCCAACAACGCAACAAAAACAAAACUUAUAUUGCAAGAGUAUUGGCGCAAAAAUAAAGGCCCUGAGAUUGUCGAAAACAGCUUAAUUAUUGAGCGAGCGGUGCUAAGAAUUAGCAAGGGAUUCAUAAAAAGGAGGAGGCAAAGUUAGCAAAGUUAUAGUGGAAAAGUGUGCAACAAGAAAAACUACAAGCAACUAAGUACUAAACAACUAAACUAAACUAACUAGGCAAACAAUAAGUAUACAAAACUAAACUAAACUAAAACAAAAAAACAAAAACCAAACUAUGGAACGUGAAUCCAAUCCGAUGCAACCCAUGUGCCGCUCUGGUUGCGGUUUCUAUGGCAAUCCAGCCACCGAUGGUCUCUGCUCAGUGUGCUAUAAGGAUUCUUUGAGAAAAAAGCAACAACCUCCUGUUAGCAGCACACCUGUAUCAGUUCCAAGCCCACAGCCAAGCCCCACAUUUAGUCCAGCCAUCACAAUAACCAAUACAGCACAGCCGACAGUGCAAAGUUUACAGCAGCAACACAAUGAAAUUAAAGAGAAAAUAAACGAAGAAAGCGCAGCUAAAACUAGCACCGAAGCUGCUGCCAUUGCCGGUCCAUCAACAUCCUCCCAACCAACUGAAGACGACAAAGACAAGGAGGAAGAUAAAGAUGCAAAAAAGAAAAAGAAUCGUUGCGCCGAAUGCCGCAAGAAAGUUGGUCUUACAGGUUUUCAAUGCCGAUGCGGUGGACUUUACUGUGCUGUACAUAGAUACAGCGACAAACACGACUGCACAUUUAAUUAUCGGGAACAUGGGGCCCAAGAAAUUCGACGCAAUAAUCCUGUGGUAGUUGGCGAAAAAAUACAAAAAAUUUGAACUUUUGUGCCAUCAACUUUAUAAUAUAAAUAUAUAUAAAUAUAAAUAUUAAAUAUAUACAUAAAAUUAAAUAUAAAUAAUAAUGAUAAUAUAAUUAAUAAC